AUGGCAAAGAUUCGGCACCUUGGGUCAUUGUUGGCUAACAUCUGUUUUCUGAAAGCCAGUCUAGCGGAAGAUGUCUGUCCCGCACUAACCAGGCACGGAAAGAGUACCAAUGCCAUUUUUGACCAGAGGAACAAUGAGACUGGUUUGCAAAAGAACCUUUUGGGACUGUUCCCCAUCCAUAACAAGGAUUGCACCUCAUUGUCGACAAGCAACAACUACAAUGGCAUCCAGAGAGCUAUGGCCAUGAUUCACGGUUUGAAUAUUGUCAAUGAUCAAGUCGAAAGAGGGGAGAAGACUAUCGCUCUCAAUGGGUUUGUGUACGACACGUGUUCCAAUGAGAUCUCGGCUAUUGACAGCUUCAUUGAAGGCAUGGGCAAUCAUGAUCCAGUUUCAGGUGUUAUUGGGGCCUCGUACAGUUCUGUCACCAUCCCGUUAUCGAUGGUGGCCCAUGCUUACAACCUUACCAUGCUAUCCUACGCUGCCACUUCUGGCUAUUUGUCCGAUAAACGGAGGCAUUCAACGUUCGCCAGACUCUUGCCAUCCGAUUGCAAUCAAGCCAAGGUUGUGUACGAUAUUAUUAAAAACUUAACCACCGUUAGAUUUAAUAAUCUGACAGAAGAUGAAAGCACGGAGAAAAAAUCGAUAGCAGUUCAAGUUUUGAUGAAUAAGGAGAGCGAAUACAGCCAAAGCUUGAACGAGGAAUUCCAAAGAUUGGUGAAGGACGAUCCAGAUAAAUUGAUCUUGAUAUGCAAAGUUUCAGAGUUUUUCUUUAUAAACUCAACGGAGGCAAUCGAGCAUGAUCAACAAGAGAUCAAGAGUCUUGUUCAAUCCGGCGUCGAUGUUGUAGUAUCCUUCUUGAGUGUUGGCAGCAAACGCUUCUUCUUAGACGGUUUGCAAAUGGCCUUGAAGGACCAAUCUACCAAAGUCAAAUCCUUUUUACUUGUGAGCACAGACUCCUGGGACGUGGGAGACGUUUCAAAUAUGGAGAUGAUUCAAUUCCUCUCAGGAAAGAGUUUAGUAACCAUGCCUUAUCCAGGUGAUCCCUAUGCCAUUCGAUACGGGGGAAACUUCACCGACUAUUUAGGCUCUCUAAAUCGUUGGAAAUAUCCCUGGCUGAGCGAGAUGUGGCAAGAUAUGUGUCGUGGUAACGAAACUUGCUUGGCAUCAUCAUUGGACUUGGAGACGUUUUGGAUUGAUUCGAAGGUCAGCUUUGUCAUUGACACGGUCAUGGCCUUCUCGGAUGCCUUGGAAAGAUGCCAUAAGGAUGGAUGCAAUGUGAGGACACACGACUUCUUUGAAGAUUAUAUCUUGAAAACAAGUUUUGUUGAGGGCGAUGACAAAAUCCAAUUUGAUUGCCAAGGCAAUAUGUUGAGAAAGUAUGGAGUUUAUAUUCUCUCAGAGAAUGGCAAAUACAAGAGGAUUGGUAUGUGGAGCGAUUUGACAUCUCCACGCCUCCAUUUUGACUCAUACGUUUACUCUUCACAAAUCAAUCCCUCCAUGAAUUGGACAUGCCGUCCAAAAUGUUCCAUUGAUCAAUAUGAAGAAGAAGUAAAACACAUUUCUUCGAGCUGUUGCCAUAUGUGUGUCACCAUCCCAAAUCAUUAUGUCAAAGUUACGUCCAGAUCCAUCGCACCUUGUCCAAAUGGAACUUGGCCCAACCCCCAAAAGACGAAAUGUACGAGCUUGAAGCAAGAAACCUUAGCCUUUUCAAGCGGUUGGACCCUAAUGGCAUUGCUCGUGGCUAUUUUGGGAUUGGUGAUUGUAGUUUCUGUAAUGGUGGUUGUGUCAAAACACUUUAACCACGUCAUGAUCAAAAGUAGCAGCCGAGAACUAUCCGUGUUCGUCUGGAUUGGGGUCCUGAUCAGCCAUUUCCACACCUUCCUCGUGUUCUUGGUCAAGCCAACAAAACUUACAUGUGGUCUUUUAAGAUUUUCCUCCACCAUUGGCUAUACGUUCAUACUCUCGGCCUUGCUUCUCAAAGUCCGUCGAAUCUUUCAGAUCUUUUUGGGACAAUUCAGACAAAGCAAUACAAAUCUGGGCCAACCAAAAUACAUCAGCCCUGAACAUCAGGUGAUCGACCCUGUUCCACCAAUCCUCUUUCAUCCUAGCCUAUCCUUCAUACCUUUUGUUCCAGAUUGCCUUUGCUACUGGUUUGGUGACCAUCCAGUUGUUAGCAGUCUUUAUUUGGCUCAUGGUGGAACCUGUCAGCUUGACCCAUUUGUAUCCUGAACGUCGACAUGUGCUGGUCUGUGCCGUGGACGUGUCCAAUUUGUUCGUCUUCCAAAUCUACAACGUGGGCCUUUGUUUUGUGGGAACGUGCUUUUCGAUCCUCACACGAGGUGUGCCACAGAACUUCAAUGAGAGCCGUUGGAUCAACUUCACCAUGUACUCGGUGUGCUUCAUUUGGUUAAUGCAACUCACCAUUUGGGCUCAGAGGAUCAAUGUCAAGCAUGUGGAUAAUCACUUUGGAUGCCAACCUGAGAAAAUAUGGGCUCUCGCCUCGGCCACUUAUUCUGCUCUUGGAACGAUUGUUUUGUUGUUUCUUUACGGUCAUCGGAUCCAUCGAAUCUAUAGCGUGGGCUAGGUUUGAAAUUCAUGGAUUGGUCUGCAAUUGCUACUAUACCAUGUUUUGAAUAUUUCAGACAAAAUCAAGCGAUGCGAAUGAGCCUGUAAUUGCUUAUGAGCUCUCUAAUCAGAGUAGUUGGUGAAUAUAGUAUGAAGAUGGUUGGAAGACAGAUUGAUGAUUCGAUUAGACUCCUUCACAGUUACUCCCGUUAUUGUCGUGAAACCAUGCGAAAUUAAACACACACAAUCGGACAAUGAGACAAUGAUUGGAUUGUUGUUAUUAUUGCGAUCAAAAUGUUCCGAUGAAUUGAGUAUUUG